AUACACCAUGCUAGGAUCCAGGGUUUUCCCCAGCGUGAGAGCAGCCAGAUCAGUGCUUGCUGGCUCCACCAGAGUCUCUGCAGCCGCCGGGAUGGUCCCGUGUCGUGCUGUCAAGUCAUACCCAGCCGUUGCCGCUUCCAUGACUGGUGGUGUUCGUUUCAACUCAACCAGUACAUCCAGUGACAUCCAGACCACUCUCCCAAACUUUGACACCCUUGCGGAAACCGCUAGUAACGCUCUCCCGGCGCUUUCCUCCGACCAGAUCGGGUACCUCAACUCGAUUGGCCUUGCUGACGGUUGGGGCCCUACGGCCACCAUUGAACGCAUCUUGGAAGCCACCCACGUGUACUCGGGCUUGCCCUGGUGGGGAACCAUCAUAGCGGCCACCGUGGGGAUCCGUGUGCUCAUGGUGCCACUCUACAUCAAGGCAUCCGCCAACGCCGCCAAAAUGAGUAAGGUCAAGCCAGAACUCGACCAAUGUCUCUCCGACAUGCAGAACGCCUCCAACCAACAGGAACAAAUGGAAGCUGCUGCCGCCAGAAAGAAGAUCAUGAAGGCCCAUGAUAUCCACAUGACCCACCAACUUUUCCCGAUCUUGCAAUUGCCAGUGGCCUACGGGUUCUUCCAAGCUUUGCGUAAGAUGGCCGCUCACCCGGUCGACGGGUUCGCCGACCAAGGUUACGCCUGGUUCACCGACCUUUCCGCCGUCGACCCAUACUGUGGGUUGCAAGCCCUUGCUGCCGUCGUGGUCAUUGCCAUGGUGCGUUCCGGUGGUGAAACCGGGGCCCAGCAAAUGAACCCAUUGAUGAAGAAAAUGAUGACCUAUCUCCCAAUCGCCUCCAUUUUCAUCACCAAGAACUUUGCCGGAGCUGUGGUUCUCUACUUUGCCGCCAACUCCAUCUUCUCGUUUGCCCAAACCACCCUCUUACGUCUGGCCUGGUUCCGUCGUAUGGUGAACUUGCCAGACAUCACCGCACCACCUCCACCGGCUCCAGGUGCCCCCAAGGCGCCAGCUACCGUUUCCGAAUGGUGGACCCAAUUCAACGAAACCUCCAACAAGAAGGUCGAGAAGAAGAUGAAGUCCUCCAACGCCAAGGUCGAGGCCAUGCAAAGAAGAAAGGCCGCCGCCGCCAGCCCAGACAACUUCAUCAAGAAGCAUUAAGUGUAAAUAGUAUAUAAUGUAUAAAGAGCUUCUGAUUG